AUGUCACCCUCCGCCAAUCCCGCCACCUAUCCGGCUCACGCUCAAGCGAUGCUGCCGGAUUUCGCUGAGCAGCUCUACGCGUGUCCACACCUUCACAUCCUGCACACCCUCCGCGAGACGUUCAAUUCCGGCGAUAUCACCCUCUUCGACCGCUUAGACGAGCUCGAGGCGAUCGGCGAGCAUAACGGAGUCAUCUCGUCUUGCUGCAACGGAGGGCAGGAGAUUCUCCACGCUCAGAUGCUUCUCAGUGCUAGUGAAGUGACGCCGGGCGUACUGCCCACGCUUCGGUACUUCGACCUCGACAACGAGCCCAGCGUAUGGGAUAUCAAGUAUACGGAUCGGGUUGGCGUGGAGAAGAAUCGGUUCUUCUUCGAGCAGAAGCAGGCCACGUGGCAGAGCUUCACGUUCUUCGAAGGGCUGGCGGUGCCGCUAGAAGUGCUGGAGGAUAUGCGAAAGGUGGAGGGGCUGGAUCUGAGGGAGUGGGAGGAGAGAGGAGUCAAGCUGGGGAAUAAGGCGUGGAAGUUGGUGGACGAGUGGCAUGAGGCGGAGCGGGCGAGGUACCGAUACGCCAUCAGGGCGGUGCUGGUCGAGCGGAUACGAGCUGUGCUACGAGCGCAAGCAGGAAAUGACCAAGGUCACGAGCUCCAAGGGACGCUCAAAGUUAGAGGAGAGAAGGAUCUUAUGAGCGCUUUGACCACCUGGCAACGCGAUGCGCCCACUUUGCCCGCACCUGCCUCCCUCACCUCCCUCCCCGCCGAGAUCCUCCUCAAUAUCGUCUUACAGCUCGACCUGCCCACUGCACUCUCACUCGCCUGUGCUUCCUCGGCUCUCACGUCCAUCGCGGAUCAUCGCAUCUGGCAGGUUGUCGCAGCCACCGACCGGUGGAGGGACUUUUCGGAUUCGCAAUAUACCUCCUUUGAGGAGCGGGAAGCGCGUGUGAAGCAGGCGCAUGCGAGGCUUCUGGACACGAUCCUGGAACGGAUAGAUGGUCGCCGCAAGGGUCUCAUCAAGUGCCUAUCUAUCCUCAUCCGCACCGAAACCGACGACGCAACAAUGCGGAUCCUUUCUCUUGCCGCAUCGACGGUCCGGCGACUAAGAAUAGAUGGCGGGUCAUGGACGUGGAGUACCAGCUUCGACAGUCGUGUCCUGGACACCGGCCUCUCGCUCCUGCGGCUGAGCUAUCUCAAUCUGGGCGAAGCAUGUGUGUGUAACGCAGAAUUCGUUCUGUUGAUGCUCAGCGCUGCGCCCAACCUCGAGGUGCUCGACAUCCAUCUCUCCGACACCGCCGGACACGCUGGUCCUCAAUACCCAGCACUCACCGGAAGCACCAAACUUCGGAAUUUACAAAUCUACCAUGACUGGCGAUCCAAAGAGGAGGAGUCUAUCACGCGCAUGCGCAAAGUCAUAUUUGCUAUCCUCAAUCACAGUCCUCUGCUCGAGGUGCUGGUCAUGGAUAUGCCAGAUCUCGAGCUGCAACGGCACGCCGGUCCGAGGCCCUUGGCCAUACUACCCCUCCUAGCUCGCCUGCAUUACACGUCGCACACUGCGCUGUUCGGUCGCAACGUACCACUGCUGCAAACACCGGUUCUCAGCCAGAUCGUCGUUGAUGUAAGAGUUAACUUGAACCUGGCUCUGGACUUCCCUGCAUGCCCAAAUGUCGAAGUCCUUGGCUUUGACUGCUCCCUAGAAUCUGCGGCAAACACAGUCAAUGAUAUCCCCUUCCUCGCUCCAUGUCCAGUGCAGAGCAUUCCCUCGCAUCUCGCGGCCCGACUCCGUGACUGCUCUCGUCUUCGGUACAUCCUCAUCGCCGACAACACGGCUCUCACCCGAUCCGACGAGGGGUGGAAUCAUUUCUCCGUUUUCUCGGACGGGCAGACGCCAUAUACCGGAUUCGUUCGGUCAUUCCGCCACAAUGGGAGCGAGAUGCUUCACUUGCGUGUACUCUUGCGCGAAUCGACAGAGAUGCCAUACGGCGGAGACGGUGUCCCGGUCGUCCAGUGGGUGCCGCUUAUCCGGAGCGAGCCAGCUCUUCCAGGGCGCACCUGCUGGCAGGAUUUCACCGACUGGGAAGGGCAAGUGGUGCCGAUGGCCAUAUUGGGUCAGAUGAGACGAAAGGAAGCGGGCAAGGCGGAUUGGUAUCAGCGGGGAGUUGAGGUGCCGGCGCCAACGUGGAAGAUUUUGGAGGACUGGAGGGACGGGUUGCGGGUUUGA